AUGGCGCCCAGAGCAACGCUCUCCUACCCGCGUGCACGUCGUGGGCCGGAUGUUGAGGAUCACUUCGGCACACGCGUGGCGGAUCCCUAUCGAUGGCUUGAAGACCCCGAGAGCGACGAAACGAAGGCGUUUGUAGCUGCUCAGAAUGAAGUGUCGGAGAGUUACUUGGACACACCGGUUCGAAAGCAAAUCCUCAAGGCUCUCACGAAGUUUCAGGAUUACCCGAAGUUCGGGACCCCGUUCAAAGAAGGCAGUUUCUGGUACUCCUGGAGGAACUCGGGCCUGCAGAAUCAAUCCCUUCUGCACCGACAUGCUGACAAAAAAGGCGAAAACACUGAAGUGUUUCUCGAUCCAAACCUCUGGACUGAAGACGGUACUGCAACUGUGGGAUCGGUCAAGUUUACGGACGACGGCUCUUUGAUGGCCUACACCCGCGGGGAUAAAGGAAGCGACUGGCGCACAAUUUAUAUUAUGGACACCAGCACAGGCAGCCAUCUAGGAGAUCGUCUGCAGCACGCCAAGUUCACGAGUUUACAGUGGGUUGGCAAUACUCACUUGCUCUACAAUAGAUACGAUGUUCCGGAGGGCGCAGAUGCAAAUGGCAUGGAGAAUACGCAGAAUGAGUAUCAAAAGUUGUACUGCCAUGAGGUGGGCACUCCACAGGCGCAGGACGUCUUGGUGCUCGAGUUCCCGAGUGAACCUACGUGGAUGGCUUCCGUGGAUGUGACGGAUGAUGGGAAGUUUAUCGUCGCCGGCAUUUCGCGAAGUUGCGAGCCUACAAACAAAUUGUGGAUCGCUGCACUGCCUGGCGCGGGUUCGCCUACCUCGGCCUUCGCAGAUUUGCAAUGGGUAAAGGUCGCCGACGACUUCGAGGCCGGUUUUGAGUAUGUGGCCAACGAUGGCACCGUUUUUCUCCUCACUACAAAUCGCGACGCCCCCAAGAAUAAGAUAGUUAAAAUGGAUAUUGCAAAACCAGACGCUCCAAUGGUUGACGUCGUUCCGGAAGCAAAGGCGGUUUUGCAAGAGGUGCUUGUAAUAGCGCAGGAUAAAAUGGUACUCCACUACAACGAGGAUGUGAAAUCGAAGCUUUACGUCUAUCAGUUGAGUGGCGCGUUCAUACAUGCACUUGAAUUACCCGUGGGCUCCGUCUCAGAAAUGUCAGGAGAGAGGAAAUACGAUCACUUUCUCUUCAGCAUCACCAGCUUUGACACCCCCAAAGUGAUAUAUGACGUUGAUGUUAGCGGGGGCACUUAUGACGUUUCCGUCCUUCGACGCACUAAUAUAGAUGGCCUGCCGCUGGAAAACCUUGAAGUCACGCAGGAAUUCUACACGAGCAAAGACGGGACGAAUAUUCCCAUGUUUUUGAUGCGGCAGAAGGGAGUGGAUCCGCGCCCCCAGCCAAUGCUGCUCUACGGAUACGGCGGGUUCAACAUUUCCUUGACCCCGUACUUCUCCCUCGCAUUUGCCCUCUCCGCGCUCUACUUGGGAUUGGGUCUGGCCGUCCCCAAUAUAAGAGGAGGAGGCGAAUAUGGCAUUGAUUGGUAUAAAGCAGCAGUGAAAGCGAGCAAACAAGUCAGCUACGAUGAUUUCCAAAGUGCAGCGGAGUAUUUGUUUGCCAAAGGCUACUCAAGUCCCGACCAGCUAGCCAUAAUGGGAGGCUCCAACGGUGGGCUUCUCGUGGGUGCAUGCGCAAACCAACGCCCUGACCUGUUUAAAGCCGUGGUUGCGAAGGUGGGAGUCAUGGAUCUUCUACGCUUUAACAAGUUCACCAUUGGUCAUGCCUGGGUAAGCGACUACGGCGACCCUGACAAAGAGGAAGAUUUCAAGCAUAUUUACAAGAUCUCGCCGCUUCACAACAUCAACCCUGAUGUCGUGCAGAGCAACGUGCAGCCAGCUGUUUUGGUGAUGACAGCUGACCACGACGACCGGGUCUCUCCAUUCCACUCUUUGAAGUAUAUUGCUGAGUUGCAGUGUGCAGCGGGGUACUCUUCUCCUGCAUCUACCCCUUUGAUUGCCCACAUUGACACAAAAGCAGGUCAUGGUGGAGGCAAGCCUCUGAUGAAGGUCCUAGAAGAACAAGCACAGACGUACGGAUUCAUCGCUUCAGUCUUGGGGCUGAAAUGGAGUGGCCCGGAGGUGGAAAAGAGCGAUUAA